AUGAUCACACAUGAUUUCGCUUUCAGUAACUACCUCGGUGAAGGUGGCUUUGGAACGAUUCAUAAAGGCUUCAUCGACGAUAAGCUUAGGCCCGGGGUAGUAGAGGCGCAACCUGUUGCCGUUAAACUCUUGGAUUUGGAUGGUGGUCAAGGUCACAAUGAAUGGCUGUCUGAGGUGACCUUUUUGGGGCAAUUGAGGCAUCCACAUCUAGUGAAGUUGAUCGGUUAUUGUUGUGAAGACAAGAACAGGCUUCUUGUAUAUGAAUAUAUGGCAAGGGGCAAUUUGGAGAGUCAACUAUUUAGAAGGUAUUCGAUUUCUUUGCCGUGGCUGACAAGGAUUAAAAUCGCACUUGGUGCUGCAAAAGGGCUAGCCUUUCUUCAUGGGGAGGAAAAACCCGUUAUCGCGACUUCUGAACUUCAAAUAUUCUAUUGGGAUCGGAUUAUACGGCUAAACUUUCGGAUUUUGGGUUAGCCAAAGAUGGCCCUGAGGGAGACGAGACACAUGUGAGUACACGAGUGAUGGGAACACACGGCUAUGCUGCACCUAAG